AUUUACUUGAAUCGCACUGUCAGUCUGCUUUAAACUUUCUUUCUUGCCUGUGUUUGGUGUUGCGUUUGUAUCGUGAGAAAUAAAAUUAAUUAUAAAUUGUUGUGAUUUUUUGCUCCUUUAUGUUUGUCCAAUCGAAAAAGAAAGCAGAAGCAUCCUUUUAUAAUAUAAAAAUAAAAACGACGCAAUUUUCCAAUUUUUAAAUAUGGAGGAAAUUUAGUGUAAUUUUAUGUAAAAAUAUUUGGACAAGUGCAAUACAAAACUAAGCAAGGAAUACAAUUACGAAAGUAUAAUAAAAGGAAGAGGAAAAAUACUUACUGUGCUUGCAAAUUAAAUAAAGACGACGCCUUUUUAAAGUGACAACAGCAGCGUUGCUGCGGCUGCAAAUAUUUUACAUUUUUAUUAGUCAUACUUUUUAUUUUUGAUUGAAUUUUAACUGUCGAGGAGAUUUUGGUGUUCAUCACAAAUUCAACUGGACGACGACGCAGCAGCAAAAUGGAUACAUUUCGUAAAUGGUUGAAUAAGCCCAAGGCGGAUGAUAAAUCCUUAUUAGCUCGUUUUUACCAUGCAGACAGAUCACUCACAGCAGUUGCUAGUGAGUUAGAUAGUUUCGAUGGGCGCGCAGAACCAGAUCGUUGCUCUCGUUUAGUAAGCCGUUUACGCCAAGGGCAGGACAAAGUACUUUCAAUAACAAAUCUUAUAAUGGAUGAACUGUUAGGAGAAGAUCGUGAUCCUCGUGCAUUUCGUGCAAAAUUUCCUGAAGAAGUAUUGCAAGAAAAUUUAGCAGGGCAACUAUGGUUUGGCGCAGAAUGCCUUGCUGCUGGCUCAUCCAUAAUGAAUCGUGAACAAGAAAGUAAGGAAAUGCGCCCCUUAGCACAAGCGGUAACCAAAAGUCUGGGCAAUGUAAGAAACUUGUUACGUGAUCAGUGUUUGCGUAACAACGUACCCAAUAGUAAAAAGCUACAUCUGGAUAUGAAUGACUCAACAACCGAACAGUUGUACGAAAGCCUGAAAAUUUUUGAUAGGCUUUUCGCUGAGUUUGAGUUACGUUACGUCAGUGCUAUGGUCCAAGUCAAAACAAAACAAGAAUAUGAAAUGCAAGAGUACAUUUGUGUUCUUUUCUCUGAGACGUUACAACGAGCUUUACAAAUUGGUUUACUAGAUCAGGAUAAAGUUGAUGCUUUUGAUCCAGCACUGAUGUUCUCCAUUCCACGUUUGGCAAUAAUAACUGGUCUAGUCGUAUACCCUAAGGGUCCACUAAAUAUGGAUAUGUCAGCUGAACAAUUGUCGGAGAUGUUUCGUCCGUUUCGUACGUUAUUAAUAAAGGUACGGGAACUGUUAAGACAAUUGAAUAAAACUGAACUAUUUCAAUUAGAAAAAUUACUGUGUACAAACGAAGAUAUACAUUUGAAGAUUCCUGUGGGUACAAGUAGUAUUGAAGCGCCUAGUACAGAUCAACAAAAUAAUAACAACCACAAUAGUCCAAACAAAUCUAACAGCAUAAACUGUGAUGUGAACGAUACAAGUUCUGCAACUAUAAAUAAUAUGAGUAAUAAUAGUACUGAAAAUACAAAUAAUAAUGUUAAUGAGAUAGAAAACUCCUCGAUUGAACCUGAAGUGGCUAAUGAAGUUAAGAGUAAAGAGUCAGUUAAUAACAAUAAUGACAAAAGUCCUUCAUAUGCCACUCAUUUUGCCUCACGGUCGCCGUCCAUUUCCUCAGAUUCUGUAAAUAGUUCUUCUGCGUCAUCACCAACUGCUUCUCCAUCGCAUUCACCUACUCCUUCACAUUCGCUUACUUCGACUACAACAUCAGUAGCGUCAACUUCUAGUCCGGUUGAUUGGACAGAUGAAGAUGAAGACUUACCUAAAGAAAUAGAUAUGGUAUCAGCUGAUUGCGCCUCGGGUUAUCUUAUUCCAAACACUAAUUUAGGCAACUUAUUACAACCACAAGAAGUUCCUCUUACUGAUAAUUUUAUCGCUAAUGAAGAAGAAUUUAAUAGUCCACCAAUAUUAGACACAGAUGCUGAUAUGCCCACCACUAGUAGUGCUAUAAAUAAUACAAAUGCAUUUAAACCACUAAACUUAUUAAAUUCCUCCGAUGAAAGUGAACAGUUGACAAUAAAACAUGAAGAAGAACCCUCUUUUGGUAGUCAAGAAACACAAAUACAUACAGAUAAAUGUUCUACAAGUAGUAGUUGCAGUACCGAAAAUAAAGUCCAACAUUCGUCUAAUGUCAGCAGUACUUCUUAUGAAACAGGUUCACGUCGACACAGUAGACACCAUCAUAAUUACAGUAUUAGCCCUGGAAGUAGUGAAUACAGUCAUUCUCAUCAUCAUCACCACCACCACCAUCACCAUCAUCAUCCACACCGCCACAGUCGUCGGCAGCCUACUAGUCGCCAUCAUCAUCAUCAUCGUCGUAGUCACAGUCAUCAUACCGACUUGAAAUACAGUAUGGAUGAAUCAAAGUUAUCUUUGGAGGAAAAUAUUAGCAGUACUCCACCUGCAGUUAGUUCGUCUUCAACUUCGGCUUCGACUGCUGUACAUCAUGACACCUCGAGCGUAGAUAGCAGUACUUCAUCUUCGUUAUGCGAUGGUGCACCGCAAGAAGUUUCGUUGACUAUUAAACCUACUGGACGUAUGAGGUUUAAAAGUACGGAGAAUUUGCUUCAUCGACUCUUCGUAUGCAUAGCUGGUGUGGCUGAUCAAUUGCAAACAAAUUUCGCCUCAGAUUUGCGGCAUAUUCUGCGUAACGUAUUUUUUAUGAAUAUGUCUCCUACGCAAGAAAACAUUGAUAUACCUGAAAAAUCAAAAGAAUCGGAAUUAUUUGAAUUUCGUGCUUCAGAAAACGAUGUGAUACAAGAGAGUGCAGGCUCAAAUCAAAGCAUUUAUUCCGCAGAGGAAGUAAAUCCAGAACUGGACAAUGUGUUCAACAAUGCAGGUAGUGAUGGUGGUAGCAACCGCCAUUCAGCUGGUGCAACAAUGCAACGUGGAAAUACAAUAGAUUUAGUAUCAAAUGAUAACUCAACUGCCAAUGGUGUUCUACGAAACCAUAUUAGCCGAAGUCGUAGUCUUGGAGAUCAAGAAAAUAACGAAACAACUGUUAAUUCAUCAAUUACAUCUCAAAACAACCACAGGCACUCAACUUAUAUAAAUGGCAGACGUUUAUCGACACCACAGAAUCAGCACAAUAAUAACUCAAUACGAAAUCGUAAUGACUCUGUGGGUAGCAAUUCAGCGACGUCGUCAUCGUCUGAAAGCAACUCACCUGUAAGUGAACGUGCGUCUGCUGCCUUUGGUCAUUCAACACGACAACAAGUUUUAAAUAACAGUAAUAAUAUUAAUAAUCCUACCAGCGUUAACAACAAUAGCGACAAUAACAAUACAGAACAAGCUCCACGAACUCCGUCUAGUCCAACACAAAUUUCGCAAGCUCAACAACUAAAUGCACGUUUAUCGCCACCUGCUUGGAUACCAGACGAAAAAGCACCACGUUGCAUGUCCUGCCAAACACCAUUCACCGCAUUUCGUAGACGUCAUCACUGUCGGAAUUGCGGAGGUGUGUUUUGCGGCGUUUGCUCCAACGCCUCGGCCCCAUUACCCAAAUAUGGUCUGACAAAAGCAGUACGCGUAUGCCGAAAUUGCUAUGUGCGUGAAUUACACUCAAAUUCUGUUUCAACAAGUUCCAAUACUAGAAACACAACCAGUCAUAUUAAUAACCAUUUACAACAAUCUACCAACAAUUACGAGAGUGUAUCGUAGGGUAGGGAAAAUGUUAAAACGCACAAACUCACAUUAAUAGCAGAAAAGAAAUUCUUUGUAUUUGUAUUUUGCAAAUAUUUUUUAAAUUGCCGACCAUUUUAUGUCUAUAAAGACAAUAGACGAAUAUAUAUAAAGAACAGCCAAAUUAUGGAUAGCAACGAAUCCCUGAAUUCCUGAAUUCCUGAAUCCCUGUUUUCAGAAAUCAUGCUGCAUAUUAGUCUAAAAAUGAUGAAUUUGAUUCAUUGCGAAUUUUUUUUACAAAAAUAACAAUUGCAAUUUAAAAUUGUAAGCUUAAAAUAAGUAUGUAUAAGUGUAUUGUAUUCAUUUGUUUAUAUAAUUUUUAUAUUAAAUUUUUCUUUCAUGCAGUGUAAAUGCAUGUUGAAAUGUCCUUUAAGUGAAGUAUUAGUAAUAAUUUUUAAUGGUUGCAUAAAGACAUUUUAGAUUUUAUAUAAAAAUGUAAUGAAAAAUUAUAUAUAAUAUAAUGUAUGUGCAUUUUUUACAACUUAUCUGUUCGAUAACAAUCGAUUUUGUUUCCACGUUUUUACCAUAUAUAUACAUAACGUUUUCUAAGGGAUCUUACAUAUAUUUUUGUUACAUUGUUCUUUUUAAGUUAUACUUUAAGAUUUUAAGUAUUCUACU